CUUGCAAGGCGUCACCUUGCCAAGCAGCCUGCAAAUUUUGACCUUCGGCUGGAAGUUCAACCGGAGCUUGGAAGGUGUCACCUUGCCAAGCAGCCUGCAGACUUUUACCUUUGGCUAUUCGUUCAACCAGAGCUUGCAAGGUGCCACCUUGCCAAGCAGCCUGCAGAUUUUGACCUUUGGCUAUUCAUUCAACCAGAGCUUGGAAGGUGUGACCUUGCCAAACAGCGUGCAGACAUUGACCUUCGGCGGUCAGUUCAACCAGAGCUUGGAAGGUGUGACCUUGCCAAACAGCCUGCAGACUUUGACCUUCGGCGGUCAGUUCAACCAGAGCUUGGAAGGUGUGACCUUGCCAAACAGCCUGCAGACUUUGACCUUCGGCACGAAGUUUAACCAGAGCUUGGAAGGUGUCACCUUGCCAAGCGGCCUGCAGAGUUUGAAGGUUUGUUCUGGCUUCGAUGCAAGAUACUUGGGCGACAUCACAUUGCCAUGCAGCUUGCGUCAGUUUGAGUGUGAGGAUCUUGAAAUUUGUGUUCAUUGCUCUGAUUUUUGA